AGACGGAGAGCCGAAGAGACAGAGAAGGCAAGGGCAUAGUCAAAGAAGGAGGUGACUAAAGAAGUGAGCGGGAGUUAGGGUACAGGAGGAGGAGGUGAUGAAAGCGAGCGGAAGCGGGAGGGGGAGGGGGAGGGGGACAUGUGUCUGAGACGAGACGGAGAGCCGAAGAGACAGAGAAGGCAAGGGCAUAGUCAAAUUAGGACUCUUUUGAGGGAAUGUGUUCGCGAAUGCGGACCAAUACGUCCACUAAGCCCAAGCGUGAUAGAUAGAUAGAUAGAUAUAGAUAGGUAGAUAGAUAGAUUGAUUGAUUGAGAGAGAGAGAGAGAGAGAGAGAGAGAGAGAGAGAGAGAGAGAGAGAGAGAGAGAGAAAGAGAGGGUUGGUCAGAGCACGACGAUCGAAGGGUACACUAAAGAGGAACGUGACUAAAGUCCCCUCAAUGAAGUGUGGCUGAAGAACUUGCAGCGUUUGGUGGUCUUUGAGUAGCUGCUGUGCGGUUUGGCCAUACAACGGCUAUUCGCUUUCUUGAUGCACGGGAGACGCUGACGGUUCUUGCAAUCGAGCUUUUGUCCGCCGUUCGUAAAAAGGGCUCCGCGUAACGGACGAGAAGGCAGGCGGUUAAAUCAGAGACCCUUGGAAAGCCCUCACCUCAUCAUGGGUUUCAUAGGUAAGCAUGGGCAGCAGACCCUUCGAAAGUACAAAUAUAGUGGAGUCGAUAGAUCGAUAAUGUCCAAGCAUAUUUUUCAGCCUUACUGGGUUCGCGUAGUCAAAUUGUUCCCCAUCUGGAUGCCCCCUAAUUUGAUCACCCUGACAGGAUUUUUCUUUGUAGUUGGUUCGACGCUGUUGAGUUACCUGUAUGCUCCACAUUUAAACACCGAGGGCCCGCGGUACCUGUAUCUUGUCCAAGGCAUCCUUUUGUUCUUGUACCAGACCUUUGACGCUGUGGAUGGGAAACAAGCACGACGCACGAACUCCUCGAGUCCGCUCGGAGAGCUCUUUGACCAUGGUUGUGACGCCUUGGCUUGUGCUUUCGAGGGCCUGGCAUUCGGCACGGCGCUGAUGAUCGGCCGAAACGUCAUUUGGCUGUGGGCUGUUGCCAUUAUACCGUUCUACUUUGCGACCUGGGAAACUUUCCAUACGGGCACUCUCACUCUGGGGGAGAUCAAUGGGCCGACGGAGGGGCUGUUCCUUACGUAUUCCGCGCAUCUUUUCACCGCCCUUGUCGGUCCAAGGUGGUGGACUCUCGAUUUCAAAGAGGCGCUUCAUCUUCCAGACAGUCUAAACUUUCUCCCGGCAUUUCAGUUGAAUACCCUGGUGAUUGUUCUGAUGAUGAUGUUCGCAGUAAUGCCCACGGUCCUCUCAAAUAUAUCGAACGUGAGCAAAGCUGUACAGUACUCGAAGGAAGGAAGCAUGCAUGAGGCCAUCUUGUUGCUCCUUCCGUUUACCGCGCUCUGCUCGAUUGUCUCAGUUUGGGCGUGGGUGUCGCCUUCCGAUGUGCUUGGAAACCAGCCAUAUUUGCUAAUUCUUGGCACAGGUUUUUCUUUCGGUUUCCUCGUUGGGCGUGUCAUCCUUGCGCACCUCACCGAUGAGCCGCGGGGUUUGAAAACCAGCAUGUGCAAGGCGCUUCUUCCUCUGCCUUUCGCUCUUGCGAACGCCCUGUCUGCCAAGCUGCUGAAUGGGAGUCCUUUGUUCGAUGAGUUCUGGGUGCUCGUUGGGUUCGCGGCGUACACCUUUGGCCUGUACUUGUAUUUUGCGAUGAGCGUCAUUUCCGAGAUAACGUCGACAUUGGGGAUCAAGUGCUUCAGCACCAAAAAGGAUCUGCAUCGACAGGCAUGACUAUCCGAGGGUUGCGAGGUGCUGGUCGAGCCCGGGACUCCUUGUUCGUAACGGUUCUUCCCGCCUUCUGCUUGGCAGCUCGCGCUCUUGGGUUUCCGGAGCGGGAAGGAGAGGAGAAGGUAAAGGAGGGAAAGACCAGCAGCACUCCUUGAGGUGAGGACAGAGAGUGAAGCCCUCGCAAAUUCAAGUGUCGGGAGCUGCUGAGUGUGCCUGGCGACAUCGUGCCACCCAUAUCUUACCUUGUUUCGCUCUCCGUUUUUCGUAGUUUCGUGUUCUUGGAGUUGCUGAGCAGGAAAGAGGAGGGGAUCAUAAGGAGGUAGAGGAAGACAGCACUUCGUUCCGUCAUUCGAAUAAAGCUUGCCGGUCGAGGAGAACCUGAAUUGAUGUGUACGUUGCUUCUGACGUCUUGUUAUUGGCAAAUGCUGGGGAGUUGCUGCAGCAGCCUUAUACAAUUCACUAGGUACUUCUCUGCUGACCCAUGUUCGCCUGAUUAUUUUAUUUCUAUUCUCAUCAGUCAAUGCGCCGUCGUCCAGGUGUGAAGUUAGGUGCUUUUGCUGAGUGGAUGAUAGUUGGGCCCCGUGCUCGCCGGGCGUGAACUGAGCCAACUGCAGGUAGACAUGUUUGAGUACAUUGUUAUGUGUGCAGGCCGCUCCCGUCACGCUCGGGCGCUGCAUCGCUCUCAGCUUUACCCACGCUUGUGUGCUGGACUGUCGUCCGACUCAGGAGGUCCUGCCGAAGAGAAGAUGGUUGCAUCGUUGGUUGCAUUGUCGCCGAUCUGUUUGUUCGUCAGCGGGGUUGUGCAUUCUCUGGCGAGAAGUCUCUGAUUAUUUUCAGCUGCUCAUUGGUUAGCGUGGGUGGAGAAGAUCGUGGGGGCUUUCUUCUCUGCUUCGGCCCUGUGGAUGUGGGGAAGUAAGUGCGCUGUCCUCCUUUUCGCAAUGCCCACUGAGUUCUAAUUUUCAUCUCUGCUCCUUCGAAAUGAUUAUCAUCUGUGCGCGACUAUUUUGCGUGUGCUAGCAUUGUUGGAUUGUUUGUUUUUGUAUCUGAAUUGUUAAGUUGUUUUGCACGAUUACUGAUUAGAGGUUCUGGAUCUCAGUAGCAUCACUUGAGAUAGGCUAGAAAAAAGAGGUGCAGAACCGUUAGAUUGAUUUAUCUGUACAUCUACUAGAUUAUGCUGGCGGCAUGGCUCCCGGCAUGUGGGAAACUCCCUGGGUGAUUUUCCAUUUGCUUUCGGGCCCCCUAUGACCAUUUAAGUGAUGGAAUGAAUGUAUGGCUAAUCAGCCUCCUAUAUAGCACGGUCAUCACCUUGUUGUUUCUGUGUAGCGAGUCCAUGGAUGCGAGGUGAGGCUUUUCUAAGCAAUGGACAUUGUUCACGCCUAUUGCUCGACUUUUUGACAUGUGGAAGCGAGGCCCCGGAUGCGAGGUGAGAUUUUUCUUACGCAAUGGACCUUGUUUUCACACGUAUUACUCGACGUUUAGACAUGUUUGAGGAAGGAAGUGACAUCCCAGGAAAAAUACUUCAGCCCCAUGGAAGGGGGGAGACAUACUUUUGGCUACUCAGCUCUCUUACCGCUGUCAUCAACUUGAAGUCUCUCUCUGUCUUUAGUUAUGCCUGGGAAGACCAUGGGAAGACAGGUGGCAGAUUCUCUGGGGAUGGAUUUUAGAUCGCUCGUGCCAGGUGUAAAGAGCGCAGGAAUCGCUCUCGGCUUCCGUCAGGCUAGAACGAGCGGAGGACGAGGACGUAUGUUUGGCUAUAACAAGCUCCUAUCGUGGCCAUCAACUUGUUCUCUCUCCUAAGCGAGUCCUCGGAAGACAGCUGACAACUCUAGGGAUGGACUUCAGGUCACUUGCGUCUUUAGUAUGUCGGGAAAGGAAUAUAUAUGUUGUGUGUGUGUGUGUGUGUGUGUGUGUGUGUGUGUGUGUGUGUGUGUAUAUAUCUAGGACUAACGCUUGCCAGUCGUGAUCAGUGCGGGAAUCGCUGCCAGCUAAGGUUAA